UUAGUGGAGAAUUAUACAUUUGAGGCUCGUAUGGAAAUAGAUGCUGAUGGAAACGGUGCAAAAAUAUUUGCGUAUGCAUUCGAUAUCAGCAAGAGGAGGGGUUCUGGUCGUCCUUUGCAUGAGCUGCUCUGGGAGCGGCACAGAGGAGGAAUUGCUCCAGGUUUCCAGGUGGUGCACAUCAAUGGCGUGACAGUGGAUAACCGACUGGACAACCUCAAGCUUGUCCCCAUAGGUUGGAGGCCAAAGGCAGAGGAAAUCUCCAGCAAACAGAGGGAGCAGAGUCUUUAUUGGCUGGCAAUCCAGCAAGUGCCUGCAGAUCCCAUUGAAGAGCAGUUCCCUGAGCUGAAUCUCACACGUUACUACAAUGCCAAUGGUGACAUUAUGGAGGAUGAGGAGGACUCAUGCACAUAUUACGAAUGCCACUACCCACCAUGCACUAUGAUGGAAAAGCAGCUGCGUGAAUUCAACAUCUGUGGGCGCUGCCAGGUGGCACGAUACUGUGGCUCCCAGUGCCAGCAGAAAGACUGGCCUGCCCAUAAGAAGCAUUGCCAUGAGAAGAGGCGCCCACUGCAGCAGGAAUUUGAGCCUGAGCGAUGACCCCCUCCCUCCCCUGCCCCUCCUCACCCUUGCCCCGCAUGCUUUCGCCACAAAUCAACGGUGGCGUCAGAUUUGUUUUGCACAAUUCAGACUGGACAUAAAGUUUCCUAAGCACUGAGGAAGUACAUAGAACAGAAUGAACUUGAGGAGGUCUCUGUGAGAAGAGGGGGCUGGGGCUACCCUUCCUAAGAUCGAUCGCUACGAAGACUAUAGAGGUUCCUAACCAGAAGCUUCUGUGUCUAUAUUUAUAUGUUGAUAUGUAUUUGAACAAAAUCUUAUGUACAGUUUUUUAUGUUGUAAAAUCUGAUUUGUUUGAAGUUCGGUGAUAACGUGUAGCUGAACAGAGUUACCUAAAAAAAAUUUGCUCCGGUAGCAUUGUGUGACUCUGGGACAGCUUGCUGCUAAUUUGAUUAUAGAGAAGAAAAAAAGACCCAGCUAACUGUGUUCCAGAGAAUGUACUAACACCAGGUCUCUGGAUCUUGUCCACUUGACAAGGAGAGAGAAAAAAAACUUAAAUAUUUUAACCUUUGUAAAGGGGGAAAAAAAUUACUGAGGUUACAGUGAUGGCUGCUGGAGUGAGUGGGUUUCACAAUAAGCAUCUUUGUAGUUUCAAUCUUGUAACCCAAUUUAAGCACACUACACAGUCUGCCACUACCUGACUGUGUGUUGGAGGUUAAAUUCAAUGUAGCAAAGGUCGCGGGGGAUGGUUUGUGGUGCUUUAAAUUGAUAACUUCCAGUUAUAUUGGAACUAUCAGGGGAAAACAAUUGUUGGCUGUUAUUCCCACAAUUUUAAUUCAGGACCUGCAUGGGGUGUUUUAUUUAAAAGGACAUGGUGUAUUGAGUUAAUAGUAAUGUUCAUUCACUUGGUGAUGUGAAUUCUUUAUAUAUGUGGGCUUAUGCUGGAAAGGUAUCUGAAAAUGGUACAGAAUGUUCCAUAUUUGGGUAUUGGUCAGAGGGUGAAAUUGAUAACUGACAUAAGCUCCUUCACCAAGACUGUUUCUGAACGUCAGGAGCUACCUUUUGUUUUCAGUUCAAAUCAAGAUCUUGGAGAUAGGUUUUGGUUCUGUCACUCUAUUCUAUUUACGAUUAUUCUUAAUUCCCUUUGCUCUCCUGUCCAGCACUGUAUCUGCACAAUCGCAUAACUAAGUUCCUGAAGCUUCUGAUUUUUGACCUGGAUUCCUUAACAUAUCCCUCUCAAAAAAUGUCAUUCCUGGUCUGGGUGCUCUCAGCAGGCAACCACAAGAUGCUGCUGCAACCUGGCCCAUGAAUCUGAGGUAACCAAGAAGGCCAGGUGACUUGUGGGCAUACAGAAACAUUUUUUGCACACUCCCUGUCCUGCUGCAUGUUCACUGCCUGCUCCUUUUUGGACAGCAAGUCGAUCUCAAGUGAGCUGGAAUUUGAGGGCAUCAUUUCAUUGCAACAUGAGAAAUUCUAGUUAACGUACAAUGUUUUUGCAAGUGCUAAGUCUUUUUUUUAAUAUUAAGUUAUUUUCAUUGGAGUCAGCAGAUGGCUGGUAUCCAGCUUGAAACCCCUGCUGGGCAAAAAUAUUCGCCGUGCUUGAGAGCAUGAGGGUAUUGAGUAUGCCUCAGCUUGGGUAGGUUUUGCACAGUAAGUGUUGGAAGGGUACACCUUGGAGAACUUACUCCCUUGUAGCCAUAAUUGUACACCUUGUGAGCAGUUUUAAACGAACAUUGGUGCAGAUGGUCCUAAGAUGUUUUUUUCUUGCAAUCGAUGAGGCAAAACUCCAAUUGUGACCUGGAACUUAAUAAAUACUUGCACAUGUUAACAGUCUCCUUGCCUUUCCGCUGCAGCAUUUUGAGUGGUGAGGGUGGGCUAUUGAAAUAUGUUGGACAAGCAGAGACCUGUGAAAGCUGCUGUACCUGUGUGCAUGUUUUAAAUGGGUUGCUGUUACUGUGUUGUGCUGUUGCUGUGCCAAGCUUUGCUUUUCCUGACAGAAACCCAGGCUCGCUCUCUGAUUGGGAUACCUGUUCUAUGUGUAAUGGAAUUCCGUGGAUCUUGAGUUGCUGCAUUCUCUUUCUUUUCCUUCCACUCGAACUACCAACUGAGAUAUUACAAUGGAGUUUACAGUAGUUUAGAAAGCUUUGGAUGUUUUGUGCGGGCAGUCUCAGGUUAACCAGUAUAGUAUUUUCAUCUUGAUUUUCCAUCAGGCAGCUUCCUCCUGGUUAUAAGAUGGGUUUAGCAUGGUGCUGUCUCUUCUAAACAUGAAUUUGCCAUAUUUUGUAGUUAAGUGCCCUGGAGGAUGUGCUACUUCAACUUUGUUGAGUUUAGGUUUGUGAUGUCUUUUAGAAUUUGUAUUUUAACCAAAGCAGCAGACCAUAAGGUUUAGGAUGUAGUUGCCCCUGUCCUCUUCAAAGUUUAUGUUCUGAAUCUCUUAACUAUUACUUUUUCCUGUCAAAAGCAAACUGCAUUAUUAAUGUGCAACAAUCCAAAUCAGUUUGUAUUCGGAUUCUAUGGAUAAUAUCAACUAUACAACGGUGAAUGGACACAUGAUUCAACUGUGUUGGCCAUUGAACAGAAAUCACCACGAGUUUCAAAUGUGACAUCUAUUUCAUAGCAGCUGUCUGUAAUAGUAGUACAAAAUCGUUUUCUGCAAUUCCUACUGGUCUGUAACUAAACAUUUGUGCUCUUGCUGGUUUGGAGUAUUUCACACCAUGUGUAAGCGCUGUGGAGCAACAUUGAUUCAAUAGUUUAGUCAACACUGAGGGCUUCCAAAUUCUCACAUGUAACAAUUUUAGUUUUAAAUUUGAGAAUAAUAUGGCCCAUUCAGAUAUAACCCCUGCAUAGAAACAUUUGAAACAUAUUGGACUGUGUCACAGUCUUGUGUGUAAUUUUAAGCCAAAUUUAGACUAAAUUGGAUCUGGUCUGCUUCCAAUUUUGUCCCUCCAGUAGUUUUAAAUAUGCUCAUUUGCCUCGUGGCGCCAUUAUCGAUUAUAAUGAUUGUUUUGGUUACAAGACUUGCUCCGCAGUAUUGAGCUGUCCCAGCACAGUCAGACAUAAUGGUGUUCAAAACCACGUCCAGACUUGCAUUUUCAGAGCUCUUUGCAUCAAAGCUGUUACAAUCCCAAUUACUAACUAUAUUGUGUGGUCAGUUGCAAAAAUGCAGAACACUAGCGACUGCAGUGUUGCUGUGCUCCCAGAUUGUUUCAUGCACUGAAUACAGUAUCUUGCCUGUAUUUAAAAUUGUUAAAUAAAGCUGAAGCAGGUUUGUGUGUAA